AUGACACACUUUUUGGGAAAACACAAAUUAAAAGCGUUCGUGCCUGCGCACCUCACUGAAAUUACUGGAGUCAUAAGAUACGUACCUAAAGACUUAAGCAAUGAAGACAUAUACAAAAGCAUUACCUGCGAUGCAGAAGUCAUCUCCGUCAAGAGAUUUAUGAGAAAGGUAGAUGGAAAGCUCACUCCGCUGGGGACCAAUGCAGUGACCUUUGCUGCGACAGCGCUGCCGCAGCACGCCUACAUACAGAUGUUCAGAUACCCGGUCCACAUAUACAUCCCUCCAUUACUACAGUGCUACAAAUGUCUGAAGUUUAAUCACUCUGCGAAAGUCUGCCGAGGUUCUCAAAUGUGUUCUUCAUGCUCCGGACAACACUCCUACAAAGAAUGCGACGUCGAAAAAAUUGUGUGCAUCAACUGUCAAGGUGGUCACUUAGCAUCUCUAGGGACUGUCCAGUGA